GCCGCGACGCCGGCCCCCCGCAGAGGCGCCCCCGCAGCUGGCGGCCUCCGAGGCGGGAGCGCCCGCCCCGCCGAGCGCGGGCUCCCCGGCGGCCGGCGCGGGGCUCGGGCCGGAGCGCGGCGGCGGGAGGUUUGUCCCCGCGCGCCCGCCGUACCGCGCGGCCCCGGGGCCGGGGAAGCGGCGCGCGGCUGAGAUGGGCGAGACCAUGUCCAGGAGACUCAAGAUCCAUCUGGGCGGCGAGGCGGAGAUGGAGGAGCGGGCGUUCGGCAACCCGUUCCCGGACUACGAGGCCGCCGCCUCCGCGGGGCCCGCCACCGGAGGGGCCGAGGACGCGGGCUGCGCUCGCCCCCCGCCCGCGACCGACGAGCUCGGCCUCCCUUUUCACGACGACGGAAAGAUUAUUCAGAAUUUCACAAAGCGAAUCCAGACCAAAAUCAAAGAUCUUCUACAGCAAAUGGAGGAAGGGCUAAAAACAGCUGAUCCCCAUGAUUGCUCUGCUUAUACUGGUUGGACAGGCAUAGCUCUUUUGUACCUACAGUUGUACCGGGUUACAUGCGACCAGACUUACCUGCUCCGAUCCCUGGAUUACGUGAAGAGAACACUUCGGAAUCUGAACGGCCGCAGGGUCACUUUCCUCUGUGGAGAUGCUGGACCCCUUGCUGUAGGAGCUGUGGUAUAUCAUAAACUCAAAAGCGAUUGCGAGUCCCAGGAAUGCAUCACAAAACUUUUACAGCUCCAGAGAACCAUCGUGUGCCGCGAUUCAGACCUUCCCGAUGAGCUGCUUUAUGGACGGGCAGGUUAUCUGUAUGCCUUACUCUACCUGAACACGGAGAUUGGUCCAGGCACGGUGUGUGAGUCAGCUAUUAAAGAGGUGGUCUGUGCUAUUAUUGAAUCAGGCAAGACUCUGUCAAGGGAAGAAAGGAAGGCCGAGCGCUGUCCGCUGCUGUAUCAGUGGCACAGGAAGCAGUAUGUAGGAGCAGCCCAUGGCAUGGCUGGAAUCUACUACAUGUUAAUGCAGCCAGCAGCAAAAGUGGACCAAGAAACCUUGACAGAAAUGGUGAAGCCUAGUAUUGAUUAUGUGCGCCACAAAAGAUUCCGAUCUGGGAAUUAUCCGUCAUCAUUAAGCAACGAAACAGAUCGCUUGGUCCACUGGUGUCACGGUGCCCCAGGUGUCAUCCACAUGCUUAUGCAAGCUUACAAGGUCUUUAAGGAGGAGAAAUACUUGAAAGAUGCCAUGGAGUGUAGCGAUGUCAUUUGGCAGCGAGGUUUGCUUCGGAAGGGCUAUGGGAUCUGCCACGGAACAGCUGGGAAUGGCUAUUCUUUCCUGUCCCUGUACCAUCUCACGCAGGAUAAAAAGUAUCUCUACCGAGCUUGCAAAUUUGCAGAGUGGUGUCUAGAAUAUGGAGCACACGGGUGCCGCAUUCCUGACAGACCCUAUUCUCUCUUUGAAGGCAUGGCCGGUGCCAUUCACUUUCUCUCCGACAUCCUGGCACCAGAGACCUCACGGUUCCCGGCCUUUGAACUUGCUCCUCCACAGAGGGACAGAAAGAUAUAAAGUGACCCCCCCUAAGACACCUGUUCGGACCAGAAGCCAGAUUGCUCAGUGCCUGACACAGAACCAACUGUGAAUCCUGAAGAAGGAAAAAGGAGAAGCACACACCUUCCCGGGCCCCUGUGUUGCAGAGACCCUCGUGUUCGAGCAUGGACGACAGAAACCAUCCCAUCAACGUUUUGUAGCAGUGUCCCCUCACUGGUGUAAAAUACGAAUUCUUCACACCCAGCCUUCCGCAGCAUUUGCAUGUUUCUUGGUGUUUGUUGUCUGUAGGUGUAAGUUGUUCCAAACAGAAAGCCCUGCUCUUGCCGUGAGCCCUGAGCUGGCCGUACGCGAGAGCACGGCGGCAACCCCUUCUCUGUACAUAAUACCUAAAGUGAGGUGUCUUGUGUAUUGGCAGCGACUAGUCAGAUGGUGUCUCUCUUACCUGUCAGAAAGCUUCUCGAAGGUGAUGUCCUGGUGAUACUUUGUCAGCGCUCCUGUGAGUACCGUUCAGACAAGCACAAGGCAGAGACCGUUCCAAAAGCUGAAAAGAAACAGAACAGAUAAGAGGGCUUUUGCUGGAAUGGCUGGGGGUGCGGGUUGGGCCGUUGCACAGGGUAGUUGAACGCUCCCACUUUGUGUCUUGUGUUCACCCUUAGUGUUUUUAAGAGACCACCAGGCAUGCAGGGCAGCUCUCCCGGGGCUCCCUGUCCUUCGCACAAGUGUCGGGCCCCUGUGUGGGGCUCCCAGGGCUCCUUCGGUCCCAGCGCCCUGGGCAGUGGGCUUGGUGGCAGAGAACGUUCAAGGGAAGCCCUUUCCUGGCCACAUUGUAAGUCAAGCAGCAGUGAUGAAGCAUUGGAAUUCUACAUUUGGUUUAUGGUAUUAAAAUGGACAGCACCUCAAUUUUAUCAACAUCAUAACUUAUUAUAAGUUCAGUGGAUUCAAUUCCAGAUGGCGAUAAGCAGAUAGUCAACUGUUCCCACGUCCCUACAAUUAAACAUACUGCAAAGUUUCCUGAGUUAUCACACUAUAAAUUUGGGAGGAAUACAGUCGUUUUUUUGGUCUACUUUUGGGUGAUUGAAAUCUCACGUUUGUUGAAACCUAUUAAGCCAAAACGGGAUUAGUCUGCAUUUAUACAUAGGGAAAACGUGAACCCAGAAAGUUGUGGGUCUGACAUGUUUUAUGUAAAAAGAUGGACAUUAAUUUGGGUAAGCACACCCUCAUGGGGAUUUCACUUUUUAGAAAAUUUUGUCAUCACGAUACAAGUGGCCUAGGACUUUCCAUGUGCUUUUCCUCUUGGGAGCUAAGGCAUGGGUCCUAGGAGCCCAGACAGGCUUCUCUGGCAGUGUGGUCCCUGUCUAGGAGGGACAGUCUAAUCAUGUGUCAGCCCUUGUUUCCACUCCUUUCAUAAAGGAGCAAGAAAAUCGAUGUAAAAGACAAAUCUUCUCACGCGUAUGCAAUCCGUAGGCUGCUGCUGAGCCCUGUCUGUGGGGCCGGCACCCUAACAUGUGACCUUCCAUCUCUAAAUGAUGCCUCACGAUCCCUUCAUUGCAGACACUGGGGUUUUUGUUUUUGUUUUUUUAUUUUUUAAGGAUUUUAUUUAUUCAUGAGAGACCCACAAAGAAAGAGGCAGAGACGCGGGCUCCCUGCAGGGAGCCCGAUGCGGGACCCAGUCUUGGGCUCCCGGGAUCAUGCCCUGGGCAAAGGCAGCCGCUCAACCGCUGGGCCCCCAGGCAGCCCCCAGACACUGUUCCUAAGAUGAUUGCCUUCUCUCAAGGUAGGCUGAUGGCUUCCAGAGCAUAAACGCUCAUGGUCACCUGUUAGCCUGCCCCGGCACCUGCUCCUGUGCUUCUCGGGCAGCCCACCCCCGUCGUCCUGAAUGUGUUGAGGGGGGCUGUCAGGCAGGAGUGCUCACCCGACCCCAGGGCCCAGCCAAACAGCACUGCUCCCUCCCUCCGCACCUGCCUCACCCAAACCACGCACACACGCCAGCCCACCUCCAAGGCCUUGCCUGCCUUGGGGCUGCAGCUGAGAGCUUUGCCCCAACCUCAUUCCUUCCGUAGGGGAAGCCGGUGGGACUACAUGGGGUGCGCCCCGACGCACCCCGUACAACCUGCCCCACCCGGAGCGCGGAAGCCCUGAUCCUGGACACGUGUCUCCAGACCGGAAACAGCAGGUGACCCACUUCCCUGAGCCUCUCACCACGUAUGACAAGUAAGCGUUAGGCCUCCUUCUGACGAAUGUGCCAAGGCCCGCUUCCUAGCGCCUGCCCCGUGGCUGCGGCAGGACAGGCCCAGCGUCUGUCCCCGAAGGCAGGGCAGAAAACGGCAGCCCCUUCAAGGAGCAGACGGCUAGGCUCACGGUUCUAAGUGUUUGGAAUUCAGAUCUCGAAACCUCUCACAGUGAUGAUCCCUUGACUUGUCUGUGACCUCCAAAAUGUGUCUUAAUUUUAAAAAUAAAUGUAUGCACAAUCCCAUUUUAAAAUUUGAAAGAAAAAAAAAAGGCCGAUGGCCACAAAAAAGUGUGUGGGGUUCUUUGGUCUUGUUAGUAAAGAGUUUUGCGAUGA